GUGACAACACGGUGCAGCGAUGGCUGACUUACUAGGCUCGAUUUUGAGCUCUAUGGAGAAACCCCCAGUAGUAGAUGAUAAACAAAGAAAGUUAGCUCGAGAGCAAAAGCAAAAGAUUGAAAAACAACAGGUAGAAGAGAAAGCCAAACUACAAAGGUUUCGAGAGAGGACACAGAAGAGAAUUGAAACGUUUAUAAAAGACAGCGACGAACGACGCUUACAGUUUGAGCCUAUGCCGGACAAAGUCGCCAGAACCAUCGUGCAUGAAUGCGCAGAAGUGGCUGGACUCGCUUCAUUCUCAUUCGGUCAAGAUGAAGUCGACAGAUACGUCAUGGCCUGGAAGAAAGAAUAUGCACCGAGCGAUGAUGAAUUGCUAGCGUACAGACGCGGAGAGGAGUGGAACGAAGAGAAGGCCAAGCAACUGCAAGAGCAACGGGAGCGUGAGAAGUUGGCGGAACAAGAAACUGCAAAUAUGAAGUCUACAGAAUUCGUACCUCACAGCAACUACAAGGACAAAUACGAGAAGUUGAUAGGCAAGACGGCAGCGAAGGAUGCAGCAAUUAUUACCACUGCAAACAAGCAGUACGGAUUUGUUCCAAGUGAAAACAAAACCGAUAAGCGAUCGAUAGAAGAGACGAUGAACCAAAUUAGAGAGAAAAAGAAGAAGAAACUAGAAAGGGAGACUGAUGCCCUCCCAGCAGAUGGCAGCACUUGAUGAUACAGCGCCAAUCGGUUGACAAUGGCUUUGAAUGCCAAGUCAACAAACCUGAAAUUACUAACUUAAUGAGCUGCAGUAAAUGAUUAAGAAUGUCAGGAACGCACAGGCACACAUCUUAAGACCGAUUAAGAUUACAAUCGAGUCUUGCUUGCGCAUUGCAACGAUAGUGUACGUGUAUAUAGAUUGUGAAAGAUAUUGCACAUCCCGUGGUGACAUUUGUCAAAGCUAUUGUUGGUCAUUGAUGGCAUUAUCAAGCAAGAUGCACAUUUUGCAGUAUUAGAUCAAUUCCUAUUAUUGUAUCCCCCGCGACGAAGUCGCCGGGGAUACUAUGGUUUCAUGUCUCCCCAGCUGCCGCCGCCGCCGCCACUCGGUC